GUUUUCAUCGCUUUUAUUAAUAGUAUGCUAACUUCGUCAAAAACCCCAAAAGGCGAAACUCUGAUGCUUGUUUGGUAACAGACGCUAGAUGGCGCCUCAGUAGUGCGGCCGCCAUUUUGGAGUGAAAAGGCCGAAUGGACAAGAGACAGCAAUGAAAACCAAAUAGAAGUCAAAGUGGAAUAAAAUAUUGUUCGACAAUCCAUUCAAAAAAAUAAAUAAAAAAAAACUAUCAAUGUAACAAUACAAAAAUAUUACCUUUUUGAAAUAUGUUUACAAAAAUUUAUUUUUCAAAAAAUUCUUGGCCAUUUUUUGCAUUAAAAAUGCAUUUUAAAAGCAUUCAUAUUCACGAUGCAUUGAAAGACAAACUUUGUGUUACGAACCUGUAAACAUAACAGGUUGGAAAGAAAAUAAUUUUUUGCUGUAUGUUUGGAAUAAUAAACUUUAAUUCUUUUUAGGAACUGCAAGUCCUUGAAACAUCAUGGGGCGUUUUCCAGACAGGUCUUAUCCUAGUCCCAGAUUAAAAUGCAUGUUUGAGCUGCCUUAAUUAAAAAAAAAAAACCUCUUGCACUUACUUAAAGGCGGGGUGCACGAUUUCUGAAAGCCAAUGUUGAAAUUUGAAAUCAACUACACAAACACGCCCCUACCCCUGGACCUUCUUUUGAUAGACCCGCCUCACACAUACGCAACCCAGACAACGAUGUCAGUUAGUAGACACGCCCCUUACUGCUGAUUGGCUACAAAUGUGUUUUGGUACUCGGCCCGACUCCCUUUUCCAAAGUGUUUCUCAAAAAUCAUGCACCCCGCCUUUAACAUAUAUCAGUGUCAUUGUGUCUUAAGAAUGUCCUAAUACAACUGAAGCCUGGUCCUGAUUUAUAUAAACCCUGUCCGGGAAACCACCCCUAUGCAUAUGACACUAGAGCUUAUUAAACUCACUUGCCGAGUUUAUUUAUUUUAUUGGAAACUUAUUUUGCAGGUCAGGUAAGCCUAAUUAAUUGAUUACUUACUUUGCAGAUCAUAUAAAACAUAAUAAUGAUUUAUAUGACACUAAAUUAGCCUAUGAAAUUGAUAACCUAUAUUUGUACAUAAUGUUAUGUGUACCUUAUAUUAUAACGUUAGAUGAACUAUCACUUUAUUCUUACCUGUCAUACUUAGUCAUGUUAUGCUGUAUUACGGAGCAGAGGAUGCUCUCUCGCUCUCUCUCUCUCUUCCUCUCUCUCUCUCUCUCUCUCUCUCUCUCUCUCUCUCUCUCUCUCCCUCUCUCUCUCUCUCUCUCCCUCUCUCUCUCUCUCUCUCUCUCUCUCUCUCUCUCUCUCUCUCUCUUCCUCUCUACCUCUCUACCUCUAUUGGAUUAAAACCUUGGUGUAUUUUGAAACCAAGGCAGCUUACUUAUUUUAAUCUGUCCUCAGACUUCACAGCAAUUAAUUUGCUUAGAAACAGUGAUAAAAGCAAUAUCACAUUUGUCAGAUAAUUUGCUUUUAAAAAAGCUAGUUAGUUUCAUCAAUUUAAAACGUUUGUGUGUAAACUAACAAUUGUAAUCUAAUUUCAUUCUCCUUCUCUCUUUCAAGCAAUAGGAUUAUGACUGUGGGUGUGUAAAGAUUAGGUGGACACUUCACGACAUUAUCUCCAUUUGAAAUGCUUGUAAACACAUGAAUGAUGUUAGACAUUGUCUGGCCAUCAGAUUUAAUCCUGUAAUCUUUAUGGAUGAGGACACAACAAGAGAGAAAGUAAUGAGACAUAACAAUAUCAAGAAAAAAAAGUACAAACCGUUCUUAUGAACUCAUGACUGAUUCUUAUGGGAUUUAGAUCUAUUCUGACCACACAGAAGAUCUUGUCAUGGUGGACCUGUUCUUGGGGAAGGUUUUGGUGAAAAACAACAAAGACAAAGAUGAGCUGGACACCGAGCGUGAGAUCAUCCUGCGGCUCCAGAAUCGCCUCCUCAUGCUGUUUUUUGCUUCUGGUGAAUGCGAGCGGUGUCAGGACUUUGCUCCAACGCUCAAAGACUUCUACAAGAAACUAACAGAUGAGUUUUACGUGGAGCGCUCGGCCCAGCUGGUUCUGCUGUACAUCUCUCUGGAUUCAUCAGAGGAACAGCAGGAGAAGUUCCUGAAGGAGCUGCCCAAACGCUGCCUGUUCCUGCCAUAUGAAGAUCCUUACAGGAAUGAGCUGGCAGUGAUGUUUGAAGUGCACGAUCUGCCCAGCGUGGUGGUGUUGCGUCCAGACUGCUCCGUUCUCUCGCCGAACGCCGUGGCAGAAAUCUGCACCCUGGGACCGGACUGCUACCGCAACUGGCAGGAAGGGGCGGAGCUAAUCGACAGGAACUUCAUGAUGAAUGAGGAAUAUGAUGAGGGCAAAAUGCGCAGUAUGACUGACCCCUUCAGACGACUCAAAUACAAGUUGGAAGACAAGAAGAAAAAGAAGGAAGGGAGGAGUGCAGAGGAAGACAUGGAAGAUGAUGGAGGAGCACCGUGGUAAUAAAUUUACAACUGAUGAAAACAUCUGCUCUGGAUCAGCUGACCUGCCUCAUUGGGAUUGGCUGACUGAUGCUUUUAUAACAUUAGUGAUGUGGACAGAUGUAAGGAGGACAGCUUUACCAUUAACUUUAUCUAUAAAUCAGUAUAUGGACAGAUACUUGAGAUCAAUUUCUCAUUAGAUUCUUUAUUACUAAUUGAAUAUUUCUGAAAGUAUUUUUAACUCAUUUUUUAGGAGAUAAAUGUUGGAUUACACUAGGGUAAGGAUCCUUCUUCAU